AUGAUAAGUCGAUCAUUAACAAGACGUCAAUUAGUUUAUUUUAUAUUAUUCUCUUUAUUUUUCUGUAUUUUUAUAAUAUUGAUUUCACUUGAAUCAUCUCAAUAUUUUAAAUGUCCAUCGUUUUCUUUUCUAAACAAUUCGUCUACAUCGAAAAAACCAUUUUAUGAAAUUUUAAAUAAUACACAAGAUGAAAACUUGUCAGUUGAUCAUUAUUCUAUCUUUUGUCUUGAAAUGGCAUAUCGUCUUGAUAAUGAAAAAUAUUUACCUGAAUCACCGUAUCUUCGAGUUCCAUCAACUAAUUCAACUAGACUUCAUCGUUUACCUUAUCGUUAUUCUCAAUGGAGAUCUUCUUCUCAUCUUCAUCGUCGUCUAACUCCAUGUGAACAUAGUAUAGUUAUGCAUUUAUUAAUUGUUAUUGAACGAAUAUGUCGAAAACAUAAAAUAGCAUUUAUGUUAUGCGAUGGAUCAUUAUUAGGUUCCUAUAGACAUCAUGAUAUUAUUCCAUGGGAUGACGAUAUCGAUAUAAUGAUACCUUUUGAAGAACGAACAAAUUUUAUUAAUAUUGUUCAACAAAUGAACCAAACAUUGUUAAAAUAUCAUAUUAUGUCCAAUAAGAAAAAAAAUCGAGAAUAUUUCAAACUAUUUUUUCAUCAAACUCCUUCGGCUGGAGAUUAUUCAUGGAAUUUCCCAUUCAUUGAUAUUUUCUUAUAUGUUAAAAAUGCAACACAUCUAUGGCAAAUCGGCGAUCCAGACACAAUUAAAAAAACUGAAUACAUUUUCCCAUUAGUUAUGAGACCAUUCGGACAAUUAUGGUUACCUGCACCGAAGCAACCUCGACUAUUAUUUGAUUUCGAUCCAUAUGAUGAUUGCAAAGCACACUUUUGGAAUCAUAGAAAAGAAACAGGACAACCAGAAGUUACAAUCAAAUGUGAUGAUCUUAAACAUGUUUAUCCAUUUGUUGAACGAAAUAAUCAAUCAGAUUCAAUUGAAAUUCUACAAACAAAUAAUACCACUAUUCAUACUAUUUUCUAUAACUAA